AUGUCCCGCGCUAGAUCACUCAAGCAGCCUAGGGCCGGUGUGCCAGGCACAUGUCCAGCGGGCAAGGUCUACUACAAAUGCCAGACCAACGGCUUUGACGGCUGCUGUACACAGGAUCCGUGUGACGAGCUGGGACCCGUUCCUUGUGUCGACGAUAUCGUUGCUCCGACCUCUUCCUCGAGCGUUACAGCAGACGACUCAGAUUCGACCACGAUGGGAACCACCACAACCGAGCCCCCGACCUCUAUCAAGACCUCUACGGCUGUGGCAUCCCCGAUGAGCACGGAUGCCUCAACCACGGAUACCUCAACCACCAGUGCCGAGACCACUACCCUGAUCACCAGCAUCAUGAGCACCACUGACGCGGCAGGCCUCCCGACUGCUACCACCCACACCGUUCUGGGACCAGCUCCAACCAGCGAAGCCCAGAACGCCGAGGAUGACGGCCCAUCCUCCUACAACAAAACCAAAGUUGCAGGUCUGAGCAUUGGUGCCACCAUCGCGGGGAUUUUCGUGCUCGUCGUCCUCUUCCUCCUGAUCCGACGCCAGCGUAUCAAGAUGCGCCAGGCGUCGAUCCGCGGUUCUACCCCCUUCGAUGAGAAGUCGUUGAUGGAUCAGACCCAGUCCAGCAGAGGAACUGACAACGGCGAGAACGACGUCUUUGGCCCAUUUGGAGGUCGAGCCGCAAGCCCUCGCAAGACCAGUCCCGAGAAGCAGUUAUACGCGGAGCUCGAUUCCAAAGACACCCAGCGCAGCGCCAGCCGUGGCAGCAGCACAAAGAAGCCGGGUUCCAAGACCAGAGACAGUGUCCAGCCGACACCCGUGACUCCCCUGACUCCCCCGAGCCAGUCGACCUCUCUGUUCCCCGCAGGCCAGUACAAGCCUCCGUCUCCUCUCAGGCCCAUGAACCACCCUCGCGUGCUGCGACCCGGUCACCACCACGACGCUCAGCUGUCUCUGCAGCAUGAGCUCGGCCGCGCCCAGUACCAGCGAGACAUCUCCGGUAGCUCGAACCUCAGUGCGACCACUUCCGAGCGCGGCAACCAGCACGCCAUGCACUGGUUACAGUUCGACAACGACAACAACCGCUGA